UCAUCUGACGUCCAGCUCGCCAAUCAGAGUCGAGGACUGGCCAAGCUCCGCCCACCUUCUUGCUCUACCAGCUCGCGCUCUCCUCAGGCAGCAGUAGCACUGCGCUCCUCACUCUCGAGGGAGAAUCUGGCGUUAUGGCGACCCAGUCAGACAUGGAGAAGGAGCAGAAGCACCAGCAGGACAAGGUGCAGGGAGGGCUUAACAACAAAGCCGCCCUUGCCUCCGGGGAUGCCUGCGGGACCGAGAAUCAAGAUCCUGCUGCUUCCGUCCCCACAGUCUCCAGCCAAGCAUCUCCCUCGGGCGGCGCCACUCUGAGCAGCAGCACAGCCGGUUCUUCCACUGCAGCCACCACCUCCGCCGCCAUUUUCAUCACCGAUGAGGCCUCGGGGCUGCCAAUCAUAGCUGCUGUGCGGAGGGAGAGGCACUCUGACCUCCGGGACUGUCGCAGUCCUCACGAAGUCUUUGGGUGUGUAGUGCCCGAGGGGGGCAGCCAGGCCGCUGUGGGACCCCAGAAGGCCACUGGCCACGGCGACGAGCACCUGGCCCAGACCAAGAACCCCCAGAACAGCCGUCGUAGGAAGCAGCCAUGCCGCAACCAGGCUGCCCCGGCUCAGAAGCCCCCAGGGCGGCGUCUGUUUCCUGGGCCUUUGCCGCCAUCUUCUCCAGGGUUCCGGCCCAGCAGCCAUCCCGGUUCCGGGGCUUCUACGUCGAGUCAGGCAAUCCAGCCAGGCCCUGCACUCCUAAGCCACGCAUCUGAGGCAAGGCCUGCUAGCCAAAGUCGCAUCACCCUGGCAGAUUCUGCUCUCCGCAGACGUGCAUCUGGUCCAGGCCCUAUGAUCCGAGGCUGCACCGCCCAGCCAGGCCCUGCUUUUCCAUACCGCGCCACUCAUCUAGACGCUGCUCGCCUAAGCCCUGAAUCUGCGCCAGGCCCUGCUCGCCGAGGCCGUGCAUCUGCGCCAAGCCCUGCCCGUCGAGACCGUGCAUCUGCGCCAGGCCCUGCCCGUCGAGACCGUGCAUCUGCGCCAGGCCCUGCCCGUCGAGACCGUGCAUCUGCGCCAGGCCCUGCCCGUCGAGACCGUGCAUCUGCGCCAGGCCCUGCCCGCCGAGACCGCGAUUCUGCGCCAGGCCCUGCCCGCCGAGGCCACACAUCUGCGCCAGGCCCUGCCCUUCGCGGCCGCACAGCAAGGUCAGAUCCCGCUCAUCGCAGCACCAACACGACGCCAGGCACUGGCCUCCGGAGCCGUUCCACCCAGCGAAGUUCAGCCCUUCUCAGCCGCCGCUCUCUGUCUGGGCCAGCUGAUGAGAAUCCUUCCAGUGGGGCUGGCUUACGAAGGCUUGCCUUUCAGAGCCGAUCAGGCUCUCCUGAUCCUGAUGAGGUCCCAAGCCGUGCUUCCCCGCCUGUUUGGCAUGCAGUCCGUAUGCGUGCCUCCUCACCCUCACCCCCUGGGAGGUUCUUCCUUCCCAUCCCUCAGCAGUGGGAUGAGAGCUCCUCCUCCUAUGCUUCCAACUCCUCCUGCUCCCCGAGUAGGUCUCCUGGCCUAAGCCCCUCUUCCCCUUCCCCUGAGUUUCUGGGCCUGAGAUCUAUCUCGAUUCCUAGCCCUGAUAGCCUUAGGCGUGCCUUGAUGCCUGAGUUUUAUGCUCUGAGCCCUGUCCCUCCAGAAGAGCAGGCAGAAAUAGAGAGCACAGCUCACCCUGCAACACCGCCUGAGCCGUGACCCUCUAUGAGCAUCCUCUGAGACCCACAGAAGGAAUCAACGUCUACCCACUUUGUGAAUGGGCUGCUUGCCCAGUAGUUACCUGCGAGGUCUCCCAAAGUUCCAGCCAUUAACCAACAUUCUGAGUAGUUUUGAAACCUCUCCCCAUGAUUCCACCACCUAGCACUUACCUGCUGUUGGCCCUUGAUUCCGGGCCACCCUCUUCCUCAAAAGUUUGCCUUUGCCCUUGAGCUGAGAUUUCUGUUUUCCAAGUUGCUUUUCUGUUAUGAAAUGUUUUAAUUAGUAAAAUAAGUUGUUUGUUUUGUUU